CAAGCCCGUAGAACAGCUGCACGAUCCUUUCAAGCUGAAUCCGCUAAUCAAGGCUUCCAGUAUUUGUACCUCCCCUGCCGUACUAGGGAAAAGCUUUCCCUCAUGCGCCGGAAACUCUCCAAAUUGAAUAUCGAUACAUCCCGUAUCCUCGAUAUUCAAUUCCCUGCUCAAAAGACUGUGGGCAUCCUUGUCCAAAACGAUUAUGCCCCCAUCAUCAAGAACCGACUUGCCAAGGCCAAGAUCACUCCCUUGGAUACGUUUGACCCGCUCUCCGUUGCUACCCUCCAUAACAACCCUGAACUUGCUUCUCUUAACGAAGAGGAUAAGAAAGCUAAGGCCCUCGAAUGUCACACCAAACGCUGUCUCCGUGCCCUGGAUUUUAUCCGUAGACCCGUCAGCUUUGCUGUUGCUAAGACCUUUAUGACAAACUCCUGGAUUACGGAAAACUACCUUAAACAG